CCACAAUGUAUCGAGCCUAUCAGCCCACUUUGCCAACAGCUAACCUCUACCUACAGGAGAAAUGGGACAGGAGCAGAUAUGCAGAACACAGGAGAAAGGUAGAGAGAGCUGUCCCCGCAGUAAACUGCAAAGGAUUUCAAACACCUACACAUCUCCUCAUGAACAUGAAAAAAUUACAGAUGGAUAGAGAUCAGCGAGCAGUUAUAGAGAGACAGAACCACAUUCAUUCAACCAAGCUGAGCUCAAUACGCCAAUCUCAUGGACGAGUGGAUAACUGGAACUACUACCCUCAGCGCAGCCUUAAUAUAGGGCAGAGGCACCAAAACCUAAGCAGGAUAACUGAGGAAAAUGGGAAAAUAUUGGAAAGGAUCCUCAAAAGGGAAUCUGAAUAUGGAAGAUGGAAGUCAGAGUAUGAAAAGAUGGAAAGGAUUAGAUCAAACAUAUCCCGCUAUCCACAAGAUUCUGGCCCUGAUUGGGAAGGACAGCAGACAGUUACCUUUAUGGACAACAGAGGAAAACAAGUGGACAUCUAUGAUCUGGUGGAGGGCAGUAAGUCAGAUGGCUCACAAAACAGCAGAUCAACACUCAAACUUGAGAGUAUCCCUCAAACAGUAGAACACAGGACAAGCAAAGAACCCCUAUACCACACAGAGAAGAAGAGACAAAUCACUCCAAUUCAAGCUGAGACAUCCACACUGACUUUGUAUGGGAGCUCAAACUAUUGUGACUCGAGAGAUGGAUCCACCAACAGCUUCCAUAAGAGAGGGACCUAUCAAAGUGUAGAAUAUGAAAGAGCUGGUCAUAAACUACAGACUAGAUGUAAAUCAAGAGGUCAGAAAUGUCUUAGCAAUUCUAAGUAUGGUAUUAGUAAUGCGAAUUCUGGAGGAGCAAGCCUAUUCCUAGAGGAUUCUGAUGGAAGGGAAGAUAUGUCUCAGGAGGACAGUGUGAGACAGAAAUAUCAGUCAAGUAAUGAGCAUGACCAAUGUACAAGUCAGUCUAAAAAAAUAUCCAGAAGUGGCACAGCAUCUUACCGAUCCACAGAGUGUGAAACUGUCGUUUCAGACGCAGAAACAAAACCACAUAUGUAUGUCGGAUCAAAUCAGAGCUUUGACUUCUCAUCAGAGGAAUCUGAUGCGAGCUCUUGUUAUUCCCUAGAAGACUCUGGGGAGAGUCCCCAUCCUUCUCCCACACAUUAUUCAAGAAUGUCAAAAACCAAAGCAAUUAGUGCAAGCCCCACAUCACAAAAAGAGCCAGAGUUUGCAGAAGAUUCAUUACAUAGAAUGGAAAUUUCAAAUACAUUUUCACAGUAUGUAAGUAGAAGCCAAAACCCUUCACCAGAAGAAUCCAAGAGUCACUGUUCCUUACUGCAACCCACAAAAAGCAACUCAGAUCAUUCCUCAAGAGUGACCAACAGGAGCACAGACUCCUUAUCACUUGUGACAAAUAGCAAUCGGGUUGUAGUCUCGCAAUUAACCAGUAUGACUGCCAACAGUUCAAGUUCAUCAUCUCCUACAAAUCAACAAAGAAGCGCUGAUCUUAUAAACCAAAAUAUUCCUGCUGUGACCCUGACAAGAGACUCUAGAGGGCUAUCAGACUCUUCCUCCAAUGUGUCCACCAAGAGUCAUUUUGAAGGGAAAAUAUAUAAAGCGCUACACUGUAUAAAUGAGGCACUAUAUAAAUAAAUAGGCCUAAAAUGAGACAUGAUUAUUAUUCAGUACAAUCCGAUGAAGAUGCAGGCAGUAGUUAUAUCUAAGCAAGUAAAACACAAACCUUUGCGUUUGGCACCAAGAUUUAUAAUUCAAUUAGUCUGUAUAGACUGUGAUUUGUUUUUAAGCUUGUAGUGUUUG